AUGCAUGCACAUCCACAGGAGUCCCGCAAAGCUGUUGGUCUGGAUAUCCGAAUGGGCCCUGAGCUAGACAUUUUGUCUCCGACCGGGUUCUUGCAGCACAUCUACCAGCUCUGCCGUGUGAAACCAGGAAGAAAGGAGAUCGAAGACCUACCCCUAUACAAGCCUUUGCCACAUCAACUCCCCAAGCGGGAAUCGAAAUCUGCACUUGUGCCUGCUACAAGGGUCAAAGGCAAGUCUUCUUUGGAUACUGGCAAGGCCCGAAAAGUUACCUGGGAGGAGAAAAAGCCGAAAGACAUGAAGAAGGUUCAGAAGAAAGAGAAGCAGAGGAGCACGGCCAAGAAGACCAGCAAGGAGAAGGAGAAGGAUCAGAAAGCAAAGCGCAAGGAGCAGGAAAAGAAGAGAGAGCUUGUUAAGAAGAAUCAGGAGAAAAAAGAAAACAAAGAACAGGCCAAGAAAGACAAGAAGGCCAAGGAGGCCAAGGAGGCCAAGGAGGCCAAGGAGGCGAAGGAGGCCAAGGAGGCCAAGGAGGCCAAGCAGGCAAAGGAUGCAAAGGAGGCCAAGCAGGCCAAGGAGGCCAAGGAGAAGAAAAGAGAGAAGGAGGAAAAGGAGGAACAGGAGAUGAGAAAGAGAGACAAGAAGAGUGCAAGCAAGACAGAGAAGCUGAAGAAGAGAAAAGCUUCUGAAACACCUACGAGCUGUGGAGGAAGUGUUAUUGUCACUCCACCCCCUACAAGACGUCUUGAGACCCCGUCCGAGGACAUCUUCUCACCACCUGCUGCUGUGCCCCCAGCUGAUCUGUCAGACUUGGAAAAUGAUCAGAGGCUGGCGAAGUUGAAAGGUCUGACCUUGGAAGAACACCUGAAUGAGCUUUCCGAGAGAGAGAUCGAAAAGCACAUGCAGGAACUUGUGGCUGAGCAAGAAGCGAAGAAAAAACAAGAGACAGACACAGCAGCGCAAGACGAUGCUUCGAUCGAUGAUGACUCUGAUGAGGAAGAGCCAGAAGAUUCGCCUAUGGAAGAUGAAGAAGAGAAGGAUGAGGAGUUGGGAGAAGAUGGGGGAGAAGAUGAUGAAAGUCUGCCAGUUUCUUCUGAAGGUUCGAAUGAUGAUGAUGAUUCCUCAUCGGAUUCCAGCAGCAAUGAGAGCGCCAGUGACCCAGAUGAACAGGAUCCCAGCGGAGAGACAGGGAAAGAUCACCAGGUGGCAAAGCUUGCUGAAGGAGCAGUUGUGGUUGCAGAGAAGCAGAUGGAAACAAAGAAGAAAGCAAACAGUACGACCCACAAGAAGGAGUGGGACAAGUUCAGCCGCCAAGUUCUGGACCGGCAGAAGUUCCCGGCAUCGCUUGCGUCGUAUUGUUUGCAGUCGAAGACGGACUUGUUCAACGAGUGGUUGGAAUGCAGUCAAGAUUGGUCUCGGGUUGAGUUGAACUACCAGAGAAAAGUGUCAACAAACAACAAGUACAAGAAGGGCAGACGUGGAAUGAAGCCCCGUGAAAUCAUUGAGCGUUAUGGAGAGGAGAAAGGGAAGGCCUUAAUGGCCAAACUGAAGACCAAAGAGAUGUAUGAGGAAGACGAAGACUUCCCCAAAGACGAGGAGGAAUACUGGUACUACGUUGGGCAAGGAGGAGAAAUCUCAAGGACAACUGGGGUUGAGGACAGCACAAGUCUCAACAUCAGGGACAAGAAGCCGAACAAAGAGAUGGUCGUGGCUUUGUCCGGUCCAGGUGGGCCACUGGGCGCCGGAGCAAUGCCCAGGGUUGGAAGAACCAGUGAAGCAGGUGAGAAGGCGAUCAUAGAGGCUUUGACUGAUGGGACUGUCAGCAAAGUCAAGAAAGAAAAACCAAAGAAGGCAGAGAAGACAGCAACGGCAGAAGAGAUGGGACCAAAGUCGAAACAGCAGGAGGCAGUUGAGAAGAAAGAGGAUGUGCUGAAGAAUGCAACUGAGGCAAGAAAAUAUGGCCUGGCUCUGAAGCACCUGGACUAUUCAGGUGAAUUGGUGCAAGGUCUCAUGGCCUUCUCAACGAAGAUGGAGAAAAUCUACGAGACAAUUCUCACAAUGGUCUCUUCUGGGGAGACUGAUGACCAAGAGUGGAACAAGAUCUUGGACGCAGUUGAUGCCCAAAUGCAGUGGUACCAACAAGCUGAGGCGGGGUAUGGCAUGGGUUCUCAAACCCAAAAUGUAAUUUGGGGCAACACGAUGCUAACCAUAUGUAUUCACAGUUCACGCCAUUAUUGGGACCUCAAAUCCGUUGAAUGUCACGAGUGGCACUUCAGAGAACCUUUGAAAGAAAAUAAUGCUGACCAUAUGUGCUCAUAUCUCGGUGUCAGAACCUUUGGAACAAAAUGA